CGACCCCGAAAAGCAGACGUUCCCUUAACUGUUUUAAAUGUCUCGCAUCAGUCUGGGUCUGGUGAAGGCCUUGCGUUCGCAAUCCCUGCAGGCGCGAUCCACCUGGCAGCUCCGGCAGGAUGCCUUGCCAGCCCUGUUGCAGACACGACGCUUCUUUGGCUGGUCGUCGAACUCUGGUGACGAUGGAAAAAAAGGAGAUGUGCCAGAAUCCACGGGCACGAGCGAGAGCUCAACCGAUGAGAGGCAAAGUGGUCGAAAAAGUAAACGAACCAGCGCAGCAGCACAGGAGGGCGCAAUCGUACCUGUCAAGCAGGACGGGCACCUGAGGAAAGACUCAUCAGGAUUUGAGCCUGUCUGCAUGGCACUGCCUCUGUUUGGAAGGCCCCUCUUUCCUUGGCACAACCAGCUCAUCCAGAUCACUUCGCCGAAGAUUGCGAAGGAGAUCCUGAGCCUUACAGAGAAUUCUAAGAAAAUGACUCAUAUUGGCUUUUUCCUCCGCAAGAGCAUGCCUAAUGAGCUGCCGAAGGAAGGCGAAGAAGAGGAUUUGUUGCCCUCAGCCAAACUGGAGGACAUGAGCGGGGAAGACCCCAUGGAAGUCCUGCACAACGUGGGCACCAUUGGUCGCGUCGCGCAGGCAGUGCCUGUUUGGUCUCCAAAGGACGGAGAGGUGGUGGCAGUGCAGAUGCUUGUGCAAGGUGCAGGAGUUGUACGACUGGAGAAGGUCUUGAACAAAGGGCCACCGCUUCAGGUGCAGAUCGCCCAGAUCACUCCGGAAGAAUGGGAUGGUAAGGAUGAGAUGGUGAGAGCCACCAUGAACGAAACUAUCCUGACUGUGCAGGAGAUCAUGAAAGUGAGCUCAAGCUUCAGGGAGCAUGCCCAGUAUGUGAACCAGUCGCUUCAGCAGCGAAACGCUCGGGUGCAGCCCGAUGCUGUGGCACACUUGGCGGCUUCCCUCACCACUGCGGAGGGAGCGGUGCUAGAUGCCACGAACCCCUUGGACAAAUUAAGGCUUGCCCUGGAACUCUUGAAGAAAGAGCUGGAAGUUGCCAAGCUGCAGCAGAAGAUUUCCAACCAAAUUGAGGAGAAGAUGUCCAAGAACCAGCGAGAGUUCAUGCUGAGAGAACAACUGAAGAGCAUCAAGAAGGAGUUGGGCAUCGACAAAGAUGAUGGUUCGGAGACGAUCUUGCAGAAGUUUAAGGAGCGCUUAGAGGGAAAGGAAGUGCCCAAAGAAGCGAAGGAGGCCAUUGACACGGAGUUCGAGAAGUUUGCGAACCUGGCGAAGGAGUCCCAAGAGUACCAGAUGACUCGGAACUAUUUGGAUUGGCUCAGCAGCAUGCCUUGGAGCGUGUACAGCAAGGAUACUUUUGACUUGAAGAAGGCCCGCGAGAUCUUGGACCGAGACCAUUAUGGUCUCGCUGACAUCAAGGACCGCAUCCGGGAGUUCAUCGCUGUGGGUGUUCUACGUGGCUCCAUGCAAGGCAAGAUCUUGUGCUUCGUGGGGCCGCCGGGUGUAGGAAAGACCUCCAUCGGAAAGUCUAUUGCUGAGGCCUUGGGUAGAGAGUUCUACCGAUUCUCCGUGGGCGGUUUGUAUGACGUGGCAGAGAUCAAGGGACAUCGCAGAACCUACGUUGGGGCGAUGCCUGGGAAGAUCAUUCAAUGCUUGAAGAAGGUGCAGACCUCCAAUCCGUUGGUCCUCAUCGAUGAGGUGGACAAGAUUGGCCGGGGCCACCAUGGUGAUCCCUCCUCAGCCCUGUUGGAGCUCUUGGAUCCAUCACAGAAUUCCGCCUUCAUGGAUCACUACCUGGAUGUUGCCGUCGACUGCAGCAACAUUCUUUUCGUGUGCACCGCCAACGUUCUCGAUACCAUCCCAGGACCUUUGUUAGAUCGAAUGGAGGUGAUCCGCCUCACAGGAUAUGAUCUACAAGAAAAGAUGAAGAUUGCGGAACAAUACUUGGUGCCAAAUGCUAUGGUAGAGGUGGGAUUGAAGCAGAAGAAAGCCGAGGCUCAAAGCGAGGUACAGGUACAGAAGGUGGCUGAAGAAGUCGAAAAGUCUGAGGAUGCCAAACCGCAGGAACCAGAACCAGAACCCGAAGUGAAGGCAGAGCCAAAGCAACUGAAGCCAGAGGUGAAGGCAGAGAUUGAGACCGGUGCCAUCGAGUCACUCAUCCGCUGGUAUUGCAGAGAGGCCGGUGUGCGAAACCUCCAAAAACAUAUCGAGCGGAUUUGCCGAAAGUUGGCCACAAAAGUGGUGGAGAAGUGGGAAGAUAAGAGUCAAGGCACUUCCUCCAAAGAUACAGAUGCGACGGGGGAUGCGAUAGAUCCUUCAAAGUCUGAAGUCAUUGAGCUGCGGGUGGAUGAAGCAUCUUUGAGUGAAUAUGUGGGCAAACCGGUUUUCACCUCUGACCGCCUCUACGAAGGCCAGUUGCCCUCUGGCACAGUCACGGGCCUCGCAUGGACUGCCAUGGGCGGCUCUGUGCUAUAUAUUGAAGCUACUGCACUCGCUCGACGUCGCAGUGAUCCAGACAAGCCAGCAACUGCACCCCCUAUGUUAGCAGUUACUGGUCAGCUGGGCAACGUGAUGAAGGAAUCCUCACAGAUUGCCUUGUUGGUAGCUCGUCGUCAACUGCAAGCACGAGGGAAGGAUGGCUUCUUUGAGGAGCAUGAGCUCUUCCUUCACUGUCCAGAGGGUGCAACACCGAAGGACGGGCCAUCAGCAGGUGUCACCAUGACAACCGCACUGCUGUCGCUUGCGAUGAAGAAGCCCAUCCCGACAGACUUGGCAAUGACUGGAGAGGUUUCACUGAAUGGUAAGGUGCUGGCCGUGGGUGGUAUCAAGGAGAAGACAAUAGCUGCUCGGCGGGCGGGUUGCAAGACACUGAUCUUCCCAGAGGCAAACCGCCGCGACUUUGAUGAACUGCCAAAGUACCUCCAGGACUUAGUCGCACCGUCACCUUCUGAAUUCCACCUCCACUUUGCUUUUGAUCGUGGACUCCUGAUCGAAGGCUGAAGAAGCAGCUAACGCUGCCUGAGAAAUCGAAUUUGAAAUUCGAGCACCCUCAUAGGGGUCGCAUGUUGUGUAGCAGGCCGCGCGCUUGGGUGAAAACGGCAGAGGGUGAGCACUGGAAGAGAUGUUUGAGCCGUUGCCAGUUAAGCUGGGAACAGAUGCUCUGCCAUUCUCACCAUUUCAUUUUCGAGAUUUUGAGCCCGGAGUACAGAAAUCGGGGAGGUCUUUGCAGACCGGCCGAAGCUGUC